UCCAGUGCUGUGUAUGUAAUGGUUCGGAAUUACCUCUAAUCCUAAAGUUGAAAUGAGCCUCCAUCUUCAGUCAUGUAUUUCGUUUUCAUUUUAGAAUGGUUUAUGUAAAUUAUAAAGAAAGGCUAGUGAAAUAGCUAUUUUAUCGUAAAUUAACUGUGUAUUAAAAAACAUAUGCACGGCCGGGCGCGGUGGCUCAUGCCUAUAAUCCCAGCACUUUGGGAGGCCGACGUGGGUAGAUCACCUGAGGUCAGGAGUUCGAGACCGGCCUGACCAGUAUAGUGAAACCCCCGUCUCUACUAAAUAUACAAAAUUAGCCAGGCGUGGUGGCGCAUGUCUGUAAUCCCAGCUACUUGGGAAGCUGAGGCAGGGGAAUCGCUUGAACCCGGGCGGCAGAGGUUGCAGUGAGACGAGAUCGUGCCACCGCACUCCAGCCUGGGCCACAAGAGCGAAACUCCAUCGCAAAAACAUACCCAAACAAACAAACAAACAUAUGCUCAAGUAGGCCGUUAAAAAUCUUGAGCACUGAUCUGAGUUUCUUUAAUCGUUAUACAAAGCCUUUCCUGGAGAUUAGCUCAGAACUGGCAGAACAUAUGCUCUGUUGGUGCCAAGUGGCUUAAAAGCAAAAUGAGAUAGUGUCCACUGUGUAAGAUGAAGUCGUUAUAUUAACAGUCUUGUUGAGAAAAAUCUUUAGUUUGGGUUAAAAGCAGAAGCCUUUAAAAAUUUGAAAUGUUUACCCCUGGAGAUUAUAGACAAGGGGAGAAAAGUUUUACUACUUAAGGAUCUUUUAUAUUUGAUACAGGCACUGAAUAAAUUUCUGAAGCUCUACAGGCAUCUUGGCUAAGGUCAAGUUUAACUCGUUAUGUUUUAGUUUAGAGAUAGACGAGGUGUUAAAAUGGAAGGAAAAUGAGUGUUAAGUGUACUUAUGUAGGAUACUUUUAAUGUUCUUAAUCUUGUAUAGUUUUCAUAAUCUCGUAGUUUUCAUAGUAGUUGGUAAGAAUUAGUUAUCGGAAUAGUUUUAUGAACUACUCAGAACUGGGAAAGUGGAAAUCUCUGGGUGUGUAUUCCAUGAAGAAUAUAUGAGGAGGAGUGAAGAGAACAAAAAUAUUCAGACGAGGAAAGAAUUUAGUUGAAAAUACAUUGUGCAGACUUAAACUGGUUUGUCAAUACCCAAGGGGGAAAAAAGCCUGAAUUUUAUUUGCAGACUAGUGUCCCCCUGGUAGAAUGAGUUUAAAAGGAAGAUGCGUUUAUCAAGCUGUCGGUAUUACUUUUUCCCCUAUGGAAGUUGAAAACCAUGACUGAUACUCUUUUGAGGUAGAUUGGAGAAAUGGUAGGAUAUUUGGAAAACACUUCGUUGGAGAAGAGAUUUUUAUUCUUAAAAAAAAAAAUAAGAGUGAUUUUAAAAAUAUCAUUUUGAUUUCUUGCUAUUAGCUGACACGUAAACUUUUCUUUAAACCAUUCUUACGUUUUAGGAGCAUUAUUUCAGUCCAAAAAGAGGAUGGUUAAUGGAGUCGUUUCCAUCAUAGUUCCUAAGAGGUUUCUACUGCUCUGUAUAUAGACUUAGUCAUGUUAAAGUAACGUGUAUCAGAUAGACAUGAAGAAUUUGUCUAAUAAUUGCUGUAGGUUGCUUAAGAGCUAUUGACACUGCUUUCUGACUUGGAAUUUGUUGCUAAAAACAUGUAUUUGUAAAAUGCCUGUGCCUUGUAAAGAGUGCAGUGUUGAGAUUUAUCCUUGGGACAGGAAGGGACCUCUGAUUUUCUUUAUUCAUUUCCUUUAUUUUUACACAUGAGAAAAUAAGGUGAAAAGGCUUAAAGCUAGUCUGCAGCUAGUUAAAAACUAGUCUGUGGUUUGGCCGAGAGGUUUCUUUCUGUGAAGAUGCUAAUUUGCCUCUUUCUUUAGAAGUUUUACGGAGUUGUGGAAAGAACAUUGAAAUGUAAGUGAGAAGGCCUGGGUUUAAAUUCUUGAUUUAUCACUUCCUCACUUCCUAACAGUGGUUUUUGACAUAUCGCAUUAACUUUCAGAACCUUGCCUUCUAUCAGCUGCAACUUUAAAAAUACAAAAAUAAUAAUAACCUUGUCUUCUUAACCUGCAAAAGUAAUUUUCCUGCAUAAUUUAAUGUUUUCGUGUGGAACAAAUGAGAAUACUUUAGAAAGCACAUUGUAUACUGUAAACUUCUAUACAACGUGGUGAUGUUAUUUUUAAAGAAAAUACAAUUCUUAAAGCAUAACAAGGUGUUUAGAUCCCUGGAUUUUUGCGCACAAGGUGUUUAGAUCCCUGGAUUUUUGCAUAGCCCUAGCUUUGUUGUUUUCAUCUUCUGCUGUUUUACAGAUUAUAACCACUGUAGAUACAUUUUCUGAUUCCCACUUAGUUCUAACCUUAGUUAAGCUGCUUAUGAACAUUUUAAAUAUUGCAGUUAUUAGUCUGACUUUCCCUGAAGAAUAUGAAGUUUAGCAUUUGAAAAUAUUCUCAUAUAUACUCAUGCAUUCAUAAUCUGUUUCUGUAACAGACAGUGGCUUUUUAAAAGUAAUAGUGAAAGUAAUCUUGGUAGCAAUGUUAAUUUAUUUGAUUUGCUAGUUUUCAGAUACGCAAAAGCAGGAGAUGAUUUCCUUUAAAAACUCAGCUUUGAAUAGUUCGUGUUAAGGUUAUCUGGUAUAUCUGAAAUAUUUAGAAAUGUUAAAACAGUUUUUGUUUGCCUUUGCUGUUAAGUUUGAAACCUCUUAGUGCUUUAAAUUGAUAAUCCUGGAAACCAACAUCAGUAUUGUGGUAUUACAUAGAUUAUCGGAGUUUUUAUAGUCUUGAAAAUAAAGGUACUAAUAAUCAUAGAUAAUAUUUGCUGAACACUUAGAAUAUGCAAAUUUCCGUUUUAAGUGAAACAUAUCAGGUAAUUUUCAUAAUAACCUUGUAAAACAGAGGAAACUGAGGCUGUGAACAGUUAUGUGAUGUAUAGAUUUUACACACUAAAUAAUAGAUUUCAUUGUCCUGUUUUAUUAACCAUUUCUCUGCUCUGCCUCUAAUUAAGAGUGUUGGUUUUCGAAGAGUUUUAAGGUAGGGAUUCUUAAAUUUCAGAUUUCAUGAAAAAUGUUUGGGGGCCAGCUGUUCUACAUUCUGGGUGGUCAAAAAAGAAAAGAAGUGCCUUAUGGGAAUCAUAGAACAUAGGCCAGCAACCGUUUUUAUGAGAUGCUGAUAUACUUGUUGCUGUGGUGGUGGUGGUGGUUUUAUAUUAGUUGUCGGAGCACAUUAUUCUUACCAGCUACAGAAAGGGCCAUGAUUGUUCAUAUAAUAUGAGGCUGUCCUAGCAAAUUCCACCUUGCUGUUGAUAUCAUUCUUCUAAAGAGACAUUCUUUCAUUACAGUGACUGAAGAAAAAACUAACCAAACUCAUUGAGGACUUUCAUAAGGGAAUAGAUCCAGCAAUAGAAAAUUUGCUGAGUUUGUCUAGCUUAGAAAACAGUAUCCAAGACCAGGUUUUCUGAUUAGUGCGAUCCUCCACAAUUCUAAGAAACUUAAAUUCAAACAUAAGUCCUUAGAAAAUUCAGUUGUAACAUGGAGACGCUUCCAGCUUAAAGGAAGUAGAUUAUGAAGCUGCAAGUUACAGGGUGGAAGUCAUUUCUUUUUCUUUGGCCUUAAAAAAAACUCUAAAAAUUUAAAAAUUGUGUCAUCUUUGGCCAAUUCCUUAACAUCUGUUUAUUGGGCUAAAAUUGUUUAAAAAUAUGUAAUAGUUUACCUUUCUGAUUAUCAGUGUGUAUUCAGGCCAUAACUGGGAAAAAUAACACAAAUGUUAGCAAUAAGUACAUUUUUAACUACCUUAUGUCUGUUAACUAUCUUAUUUUGACAAUUAAGAUUAAUAAUCUCUAAUAAUAUGCAUAGAUUGGGGAAUUGUUAACCUUUUAAAAUAAAUAGUGGGUUUUUUGUUUGUUUUUGUUUUGUUUUGUUUUAGAGCCGAGGUCUCACUGUGUUGCUCAGACUGGUCUUGGUCUUGAACUCCUGACCUCAAGCAGUCCUCCUGCUUCACCCUCCCUAGUAGCUGGGAUUACAGGCGUGAGCCACCACUCUGCGGAGCAUUUUCUUUAAGCUGCAGUUGAAUAUGACCAAACAACAACAACAACACCCUCUUUAGUGUGUUUCUAUUUGUCCUCAUGUUAUUGAAAGUAAGCAAGAAUGGUUGACAGCAAAUUGGCUUACUCAUUCUUUCCUUUGUCCUUUUUCACCCUUUGAAGCUCUUCCUCUUCCUUCAGGCACUAGUGCUCUUUCUUGGUGGAAAGCCCCAUUGAAAAUUAAUCUAUACUUACAUAGAUACUUACAUACCUCUAUUUGUGUUAUUAAGCUUAAAAAUUAUAUUACCACUUUCAUUUUACAUUAGCUAAUGCAUGAGGAAAUAAUCAUUUGCAUUUUCUCUACUGUGACUUGACACAUCAUAUCCUUUGGCCAUUUUUCUCUUUUUCUUACUCAAAACUUCUAGGAGUAGCAAUCAAUAAUUUAAAUAAUAUUUUAACAUUUUUAUUAGGGUUUUACAGCAUGCAAUUAUUGUAUGCUAUUGUUUAAAGACUAUAAUAAAAAGGUUAUUAAUUCUCCAACCUCCUUUUGCAUAAUCUUUAUAUAUUAGUGAUUAUUCAUCUUCUAUAUGUUACAAAUACUAUUUUAUAGCACCAUUGCCCCUUCAAAAACCCCAGAAGAAUAGGCUCUGUCCAAAGUACGUACUACCUUAUUGGGGUGAUUACUCUUUAUGCUCUUAUUAUUCCAUUCACACUCCUAGUCUAAGAAUUUCCCCUCCCUAUAGCUUUUGUAUACUCAGAUGUUAGGGUGGGAGUAGCAGAAAACAGAAUCUUUUGGGCAUAGGGGGAAACAUGUAGUCUCACACUUGAGUCAUAUCAUUAUGAAGUGCUAAUAGACUGGCAGAGGUAUAAUUACAACUACUCCAUAGUUGAUCGUAGGUUCUCCACGUAUACUUGCAAAAAUCUUAUGAGGUUUAUCUUAUUCCCAUUUUGCACCUAAGGUUCAAGUUAAAUCAUUUAAAGUUACACAUAUCUAGUAAGUGAUGGUGACUAUAUUGCUUCCUUUUAAAACUGUACCUUCAAAGAUGAUGAUGUUAAAAGAAAAGAUAAAAUGAUAAAUUUAGAAACUUUAGGGGAAAAUAUGUAAUUUGUAUAUCAUAUUAAUUAUGUAUGUAUUUGUAUGUAAUACAUACAUACAAUAUGUAAUAUGUAUACAUAUUAAUAUGUAUAUCAUAUUAAUAUAUCAUAAUAAUUAUGAUUAUGGACUUUUACAAGGAGUAAAAAGUAAAAAGUCCUUUUUUGAUCAGGCCCGUGGCGCCGACAGGAUAGGCAAGUGUCGUGGACUUCGUACUGCUAGGAAGCUCCGUAGUCACCGACGAGACCAGAAGUGGCAUGAUAAACAGUAUAAGAAAGCUCAUUUGGGCACAGCCCUGAAGGCCAACCCUUUUGGAGGUGCUUCUCAUGCAAAAGGAAUUGUGCUGGAAAAAGUAGGAGUUGAAGGCAAACAGCCAAAUUCUGCCAUUAGGAAGUGUGUCAGGGUCCAGCUGAUCAAGAAUGGCAAGAAAAUCACAGCCUUUGUACCCAACGACGGUUGCUUGAACUUUAUUGAGGAAAACGAUGAAGUUCUGGUUGCUGGAUUUGGUCGCAAAGGUCAUGCUGUUGGUGAUAUUCCUGGAGUCCGCUUUAAGGUUGUCAAAGUAGCCAAUGUGUCUCUUUUGGCCCUAUACAAAGGCAAGAAGGAAAGACCAAGAUCAUAAAUUUUAAUGGUGAAAACACUGUAGUAAUAAAUUUUCAUAUGCAAAAAAAAGAAAAAGAAAA